AUGACAAAAGAUUCGUUAAUAAUCGUGCCGUGCCAUUCUGUAUGGAAUGUGCUUCAUUCCGGGCAGGAACCUAAUUAUGGGCAAAAUCCUGAUCAAUGGUUUCUUGCUCCGUUCCAACAUGAGGGACAAGAUCAUCUCCUUUUUAUAAUGCAUUCUCUCUUGGCCAUUGAGCAAUUAUCAAAGAACAUCUCAAACAGCAUUCUGCUUUUUAGUGGAUCACAAACCAAAAGAGGGGCUGGGAUUAUGUCAGAAGCGCAGAGUUACUACCUUCAAAUCUAUAAAUUACUGAACGCCAUCGAUAAUGAUCUUGCCUUACCCGAUUCUUUGCGUUCAGAAGAGAUUAUUAUCACCCAUUGCAGACGUAUUAUCUCUAACUUGUCUACUCAAAAUGUUUCAUUGAAGGAACUAUUUGAAAAUCACAUAUCUACGGAAGAAUUUGCCUUGGAUUCUUUUGAAAACCUCAUUUACUCUAUAGGUAGGUUCUAUGAAUUAGUGAAGCGUUACCCUAGCUUCAUUAAGAUCGUUGGAUUUGGGUUCAAGAGAACGAGAUUCUUAAAUUGCCAUGCUCCUGCAAUUGACUUCCCGGAGCAAAAUAUUGAGUACAUCCCAAUGGAUCCUAUUCCAAACUUCACUGAUUGUACUCGGCUUGAUGACUACUAUGAUGACCUUUACUUGCAGGAAAAAAAAAAUGCUUUGGAUUUGUUCCAAGUUGACUGGUACGGCACAAAAGAAUCGUUGUACAAGAAAAAGGUCCAGCGUAAUCCUUUCAAAAGGUAUCAUCAAUACCCUCUCCCAGUGUCUUUUCAAGGCCCAAUUGAAAAUGACCAAGAAUUCUUUGAAACAUAUGUUAAAGGUAAAAUGCCAUGGUCGAGAGCUAAACAUGAACUUUGA